AAACGUUCCUUUUCUCCUCUUUUGAGCAAGGUGCCCUGAAGCAAAAAAGUUGUAAAAUUUUGGAAAACCCUAAAUCUUUCACUGUUUUCCGCUUUUACAAGAUUUGUUCAAAUCAUGAGAGGAACUAAGCGCUCUGGCUUAUCGGAUUCGAAUCCCGACACUAACGAUUCUGUGUUUGGUAACAAAAGAAUAUUGGCGGGAUCCUCAUUCGAUAUUCAGAGAGCAGAACCAUCUCAACAACGGAAGACAAAAACGCCUACACUUGAUGUGCGCCGGGCGGAGUCUUCUCGGCAGCAUGUGAGAGCACUUAACACUCAAUUCGCAAGUUGGGUGCAGUCACAAUUAACAAAUCAUCCAGAUGAACUUUGGGAAGAUGGUAUCCGUGAUUACUUGAUUCAUGCCUCAAGUAUUAUGGAAAAGUUUAGUGAUAUUGUCGAGUGGCUCAAAGCAAAAGCUGUUGAAGGAGAAAGUUCACCUCCUACUGGAUCUCUCGCGUCUGAAAAGAAAACAGAAACUGAACACAAGAAGACUGAUGUAAAACUAUUUCAAGGACAAACUAGUUUCGCACCUGUUAGUGCAACUACGAGCAUUGCAACUUCAUGGACCUCUGGGGCAUUGUUCAACCAUCAAGCCCCUAACAUAUUUGGAUUAAAAAAUUCAGUUCCUGCCAAUGGUGUUUCUAUUGGUCAAACUGCGGUCUCAAAUUCAGAGAAUGCAGAUGACGAAAAUGACUUGGAGCAGCCAAGCAGCCCAUCUGUCAAGAAGUCUGAAGAGAAAGGGGUGGUUGUAGUGCAUGAAGUUAAGUGCAAGCUUUAUGUGAAGUCAACUGAUCCAACAGAUAAAGAUGCAUGGAAAGACAAGGGCACAGGGCAGCUUUCCAUCAAAUGCAAGGAGGGUAUCAGCAAGGGUACAAAGGAAUCCAAACCUACAAUUGUAAUUCGAAAUGAUGUGGGGAGACUGCUUCUGAAUGCUUCAAUCUAUCCAGGGAUCAAAACAAGUACUCAAAAGAAUUCCCUUGUUGCAAUAUUCCAUACUUCGAGCGAAGGUGAUACGAACGAAAAUGGCGACAAAGAUACAGUUGUGGCUCGCACGUACUUGAUUCGAUUAAAAACAGAGGAUGAUCGGAAUAAGCUAGCAACAGCAAUUCAAGAAUGUGCCCCCGUGCCUUGACAGCGAUUAGAGGUCGUUUAUAUCAGAAGAAUUUUGUCUGUUUAUUUUCUUUUCCCCCAUUGGUGAAGGGGGGGUUUCUUCAGAAGACCAGAUCAAUUGAUCUCUACCAAAUGAAUCUACUUAAGAGAGGCCGACGCACAUGUACUAUAAAGAGAAUUAAUGCUGUUUUAUUUAUUGUAGCAAUACAAUAAUCCUGAUUUUUUUGGUUUCU